AUGCAUCACCUGCUGGAAACCUACAAUGUACCGGCCUCAUCGCUCAUCGCCGGCUCGCGUGACACGGCCAAGCUCGGCGAUCUUGCUGCCCGUGGUGUGGAGACCCGGGCGGUUGAUUUCGAUGAUGCGUCGCUUGCAGAGAGUUUUGCGGGUGUGGACCGGAUCCUGAUCAUCUCCACCGACGCGCUGGAUGCCGAAGGCACCCGGCUGCGCCAGCAGUUGGCCGCCGUCGCCGCCGCGAAGGCAGCCGGUGUCCGCUAUAUCUCCUACACAUCAAUGCCGAACCCGGGCGACGCCAAGGUCAUUUUUGCGCCUGAUCACAAAGGGACCGAAGACGCCAUCAUGGCAUCGGGCCUCGGCUACACCAUUUUCCGCAACAGCUGGUACAUGGAAAACCUGAUGAUGACGCUGCCGCAGGCGCUCGCCAUGGGACAGUGGUACACCUCUGCAGGCGCCGGCAAACUUGCCCAUAUCUCCCGCGAAGACGUGGCCCGUGCGAUUGCGGCAAGCCUGGCAAAGAGCGCAUCCGAAAACGCCAUCUACACGCUGACCGGCCCGGUCGCCCGCACGACAGACGAAAUCGCAGCCCUGGUGUCAGAGAUCACCGGCAAGCCGCUUGCCGUUGUCCAUGUCACCGACGCGCAGCUGGCGCAGGGCAUGGAAGGCGCCGGCGUACCGGCUCCGUUCAUUCCGACAUUUGUCUCGUUUGACACCAACACGCGUGAAGGCAAGGUCGACAUCGUAACGGAUGACGCGACCGUGCUUUCGGGCAGCGAGCUGACAUCGCUAGCCGACUUCCUGAACGCAGUGAAGCCAGCGCUGCCGGGCUGA